AUGGCUGAUAAAGUAGCUGUUGUGACAGGCUCAAAUAAAGGCAUAGGAUUUGGUAUAGUGAGAGCAUUGUGCAAACGUGGCAUAGGAAAUGUUUAUUUAACAGCAAGAAAUGUACAAAGGGGAAAAGAAGCUAUUGCAAUAUUAAGUAAAGAAGGUUAUAAGCCACUUUUUUACCAACUCGAUGUCACAGAUGAGCAAAGUGUUAAAUCAUUCGCAGAACAUCUCAAACAAAAUCAUGCAGGCUUGGAUAUCCUUAUUAACAACGCUGCUAUCGCUACAGCAAAUUUCACAGAAACAACUUAUGAAGAUUCAGUACAAGUGCUUAAUGCUAACUACUACAGUAUACUUACUAUUCAAAAGUAUAUAUUUCCGUUAUUGAAGAACAACGCUCGAGUUGUAAAUAUAUCAAGUAAUUGUGGUCAUAUUACUAAUUUAAAAAAUACCUACUGGAUCAAUCGACUGACAAAAGAUGAUAUUAAUCAAGAAGAUAUAGAUGCAUUCGUGGUUUGGUUUUUAAAUUCAGUUAAAGAUGGAACUCUUAAGGAAGAAGAUUUUCAAGAAAUGCCUCUUUUGGCAUACAGAAUAUCUAAAAUUGCUGUAUGUGCUUUAACAAGACUUCAACAAAAGGAAGUUGAACGUGACAUAUCAGUAAAUUCCUUACAUCCAGGUUUCGUGAAGACUGAUAUGGUGAAGACCGUUGGUGACUUAACUAUAGAUGAAGCUAGUGAUGCUCCUGUUUACUUAGCUCUGGAUAUUGAUCAAUCUGUCAAAGGAAAAUACUUCUGGUUUGAUAAAACUGAAAAAGAUUGGGCAGACACGAAUGCGCAAAAUCUAUAUUGCCCUUAUGCACUACUUGAAAGAUAUUUAGAAGAAUCAAAAGAAAAUUAA